AUUCACAAUUGACAACUGCUGUCAAAUUGAUGAAAAUCUGCCAUCAGCACCACUGUUUUCAGAAAAAUAACCAUUAUAAUUUUGUAGGAAAUUCCUUGCUGCAUCUGGGAACCCAUCUCUGACCAUGUCUAUUCCAACAGGAAUCGUAUCUCACUCUCGCCAAGUAUGCAGCUUGUAUAAGCGUGCUGUGAGGAAUCUUGAAGCAUGGUAUGAUCGCAGACAUGUCUUCCGCUACCGAGCUGUCCUCCUUCGCAAUAGAUUCGACAAAAAUAAAAACAUAACUGAUAUGGCCGAGGCAACAAGAAUCCUCGAAGCUGGCGAAAAGGAAUACUUUGAGACCAAACAUUAUCAACCAAAGUUAUUUGCCAACAGUCCUGGAGGCUGUGCAUUUGAACGUGAAGUCAUUCCACCUGACUGGGUUUUGGACUACUGGCAUCCAUUGGAAAAAGCUCAGUACCCAGAAUACUUUGCUCGACGUGAAGAACGCAAAAAGCAGUAUUUGGCAAUGUGGGAAAAACAAUACGGCAAACCAAGCAAAGAAGACUUGGGUCAUCAUUAAAAAACAAUCUGCUUGAUGUCGUUGUGUACAUUUAAAUGAAAAUUGAAAUAUAUUGUAGAGGAAUAUUAUCUCUUCUUUGUUAUGA